AUGCCGUUUUCACCGCAGCAAUCGCCCAGCCUUUGGUGCAACAUCUUCACGUUGCUCUACACCUUAAAGUCCAACUAUGGUGCACCACCCCUGCCGCAGAUCAGUGGCUUUUCCAUGUCCAAUUGGCGACAGACCGGCCAGGCUGCCCUUCAGCAGCUGGCUCCAUGGCUUCAAAAGGCCAUGAGCGGCGUCGACUUCCACUGGUUGUUCUUCGUGCUCAUUUGGAUUGCUGCUUACCCCUCCGUGUGGGCCGUGGUCAUCAUAGGACGACGCUCCCUCUGGUCCGGCACCGAGGAAGUAGACAUGGACCAAGAGGAGGAGGUGGUGAAGGCGGUGGAAGACGAGCGGAAGGCGCUAGAGGAGGAGAAGAAAGCGGCCGAGAAGGCCGCCAUCGCUGCGGCCAGAAAGGAGGCCGUUCAAAAGAUCGCCGCCGAGCGCGACCAAGCGCCCGCGCCAACGCCAGCGCCGGCGCCGGCGCAAAAUGGCACCAACGGCACCAACGGUGUUCAUGUGGAGGAGGAAGAGCUUUGGGAGGUGAUUGGUGGAGUCGACAAGGGCGGCAUCAUGGUCCGUGAAGGUGAAAGCACCACCUCGACUCAGAAGAGCGAUCGCCUGUCGACGGGCGCCCUGGUGGAACAGCUGGCACUGAAGGGAGAUCGGUUGCACUACAAAUUGAGGAAAGGUACGGGUCCCGAAGAGGGCUGGGUCAGCAUCAAGUUGACUGGGAAAGAUCUGGUGGUGCCCUGGGUGGAAAUGGGAGAGAAUGGACCGAAAAGGCGACCCCCGGCCUGGAAAGUGGUGAAGCAACCCCAGAUCGAAUUUGGUCAGAUGAAAGAGGUCGCCAGCAAGAACGAUCCUGGGGACUACUAUGGCAUCAAGUUUCCUUACACCAAGGACAUGAUCGUUGAGAUGGGUCCCGAGUGGCUGACUCAGGCCUUCCACAAGAGUGGCGUCCUGCCGCGCGACAAUGCCGUGACCAAGAUCUCGGAUGCGAAAGAGUUCAUUGGGGGUGGUGCUGGACUGAAGUGCACCUUCACAGUGGAGUACAAGAAGGACGAGCCGUACUUACACAAGAAACUCUUCUGCAAACUUCCGCACAAACCGGGCACCUCGGACCGCUACUUCGUGUCCUGCAUGUGGAACCACGACAGGCCUGAGAUCGUCUUCAACAUCUACCUCCAGGAGAGUGUUUCCUUUCGGGUGCCCAAGUUCUACUUCGGAGAUAUCUCCGCAGCGACCACCAACUUUGUGCUGAUCACCGAGAGCAUUCCAUGGGCGGAGACAGGGAAGAAAGACUUCAGCCCGGGAGAAAUCGAACCUGCUUACGACAAGUACAAGGACUGGGAAUUGCCAGAUGGCGGCCCAAUGUAUUACUUGGCGUGCUGCCGCGCAUUGGGUAAGAUGGCUGGCUAUCACAAGCAGAAGCGGCUGCACAAGAGUGUGGAUGACACUGAGAUGUUUCCCAUGCCGGAUCCCAUGCCCCGGGAGCUGCCGAAGACGCUGCCGGCACUGGAUCCCUUGGCGAAGAAGCAGAACCUGGCGAAGGUGGACCAGUGGCCCGGCCGGACCCGCCCGGGAUGGGGAUGGGGAUGA